UAAUAAAAAAAAAUGGAGAGUAGUAAAUAAAUGUAACUUGAUAUUUUAUUUUUCGCGGUGUAAUAGCAAAUCUAUAGUAAUGUGUGACUAUAGUUUGGUCAUUCCUUUUGGUGGUUGGCUACAUUUCUAGUUACAAAUAAUGGUAAAUAUUCACAUAUUGUAUUUACAUGAAUUGUAUACAUUUUGUAUGUAUGAAAGAGUCAAGGCAUCAAGCAUUUAUUGCUUUAUUGCUUCAAACAUGACGUUUGACAACUAAAAGCCUAACCUUGUUUGCUUUGUACAUUUAUAUAUUGCAUUUAUUAGUAACAACAUUCUGUGACUAUAGCUAUCAUGGACAAUGAUGCAGCUGCUCUGCAGAAUUUGGAGCAUCUCAUGACAGAAUUUUUUUCACCACAAACAACUAAUGAACGAAAACGUACCAUUGAACAGAGCUUUCAGGAAUUUGCAGGACAAAUUGAUUCCUGGAGACCUUGCUUACAUUUUUUAUCGUCUACUAAUAAUCAUCAUGUUAGCAUGUUUGCUCUAUCCACUUUAGAGAUUACAAUUGGAAGGCGAUGGCCAAUUCUUCCAUGGGAAGAUAGGGCACUUACAAGAUCUACUUUAUAUACCUUGUCGUUAGAAAGAGGUGUAGCUCCUUUUGUAAGAAAUAAGGUAGUCAAAUUAGUUGUGGAUAUUGCAAGGCAUGACUGGCCACAUUUUUAUCCAGAUUUUUACUUAAAUAUUUUACAGUUGCUGAGUCAUAAACACACAAGACUGUUGGGCCUCAUUUAUCUGAGAACAGCUUCAGAGGAAUUAGCAACUCCAAGAGAAGACUUACCGAUACAAAGAAAGAAUGAGUUACUUAGGUUUCUUAGUGCUCAAGUACCUUUAACUUUGGAAACUCUUACAAUACUUUUAAGAGAAGCAACAAAAUUGCAAAGUCGUUCUGGAACAGUUACACCACCUCCAUCACCUACCAGUGGUCAAAAUGUAGCACCCGCAAGAGCCAUUUUAGAUGUGGAAGGAUUAUCUACAGGAACUAGCGAAGUGUGUAUAGCUACAUUGGAUGUAUUAGCUCAUUUAUUUAGUUGGAUUGAAUUAUCUGAACAUAUCUCUACUAACUUAUUGGAUGCCAUUUUCACCUGUGCCAGGUAUCACGAUGCGAUGAAUGGAAAACAAGUAGAAAUGGCUGUGCAAGCUGUUACUACGAUAAAUGAACUUUUAUAUAGACCAUUGUGUUCUCCUGAUGUAACUGACAGAUUAUUGGUAGAGAUAUUUCAGAAUGGAGUUACAUUAUUUCAGCUUUUAGAACGUUUGGAUUCUGUCAAUGAAAGUUAUAUGGAGAAGCUAACAGAAUUCUUACAAUUAUUUGUAACAAAUCAUCUAAAGAGAAUUGAAUCAUGUCCUAAAUUUCCAGUGAAUACGUUAUUAGAAGUCUUGUGCCAUCAUACUUUUCAACAAUGCUCAACAGUGAACGGAUACUUAAGAUGCUUAGAUGUUUGGACCACUCUUUUAGAAAGUACACAAUCUCGAUACUCUCCAGUAGCACUAGCUGUUGCUGAGAGAGUAUUGCAAAAGAUGAGUUUUAAACUUAAUACACGCAUAUUAAAAGACCUCGAUACGGAAAGUUUGGAUGAAAAUGAAGAAACAGAAUGGCAGCAUUUUUUAAGAUGUAAUAUAGAAUGUUUGGCAAAAGUAGCAGAUAUUUCCCCAAUCCCAGUUUUCACAUUACUGUAUCGUUCUUGGAGAGAAGGUUUGAUAAUGUUUGGAGAACUAGGCACCGUUAUUGCGAAUAAUCAAGUAAUUUUAUUAAACGAGUCAGAAGCUUCAAAUGUACAUGCACAUUUACGAGAUUUAGCUUCUACAACUCAAGCACUGGCUCGAUUAUAUUCACUCUUCUUGGGAGAUAAUCAAAGUAUUGAUCAAUCAUUAGCUGAAGAAGUAGUGUCUCAAACAUUGGAUGCAUGUAAAUUUGCGAAAUCCAAUCAGUUAUAUAAAGCAUCAUUACAACCAGCUGCAAUUGUGAUAGAUCUCAUAGAAGUUCAUUCACAGUUGUUAGCAUCACUUCAAGCUUGGUGCCAUUGGAUAGCUAACAAACCAGAAAAAGCAAAAGAAUCACUUUGUCAGCAAUGCAUUGAUUCGUGCAUUUCAGCAUUAGAUUAUACAACAUUCUGUGAUAAUCCUCCACCGGCAAGUUUAACUCAUUCCGCGACUCAUCUUUUUCAAAGUAUUACUGCUAUUCUAAAACCUGUAUUAUGGGAUGAACCUACAUUCAGAAACUUGAUUUCUAUGGUAACAUAUCCAUUUUUGAAACCUGAUACAAUAAAGGUACUGAGAAGAGCAUUGGUGAAUGCUAUUGUUCUACCACAUGGAGAUGGAAUCAUUAGAGAAAGAUUAUUAGUUACCAUGAUAUCAACUUUGUCUGCACCUCUCGGUUCAGAAGGACAACCCGCACCUACAAAAUCUACAAUUUCAAUGACAGUAGUACCAUUAACUCAGUUACUAAAUGACUGUUCUGCGUCAUCUACGACGAUAAAAAAAAUGUUACAUUCAUGUUUGGGGCCAACGAUAAAUCGAAUAUUAGAAUUGUUGCCAUAUAUGAUAAAGUGUCAAAUUAUCUGUGAAAUGUUGCUUAGUUUCCUACAUUCAGUAUUUUUAGUAUUACAACAACAAUUAGGUCCUGAAUUUACUCAAAACGCGGUUCAGGGACUGUUGCACAUUUAUACAAGAGAAAAUAUACCUGCUGGACCUGCUCUAGAUCAGUUAUUGGAAAUUUUAAUAUUAGUCGUAUCAGCAACUAGCAGUGCAUUUAAAGCAUUUGUUCCUUCAGUGACUAAUUUAUGUUUGGGACAAGUGUGGCCUGUUAUUGGAAAUGAUCUUAGUUCAUAUCCAGAUACUACACUUGUUUUAUUAAAGCUUUUUCAUAGCAUACUCAUGCAUAGAUGGCAAUACUUUUAUAAUACUUCUGUAUUACUUACUCUUGGUCAUCCCGAUGAAGAAGAAUCAGUUGAACAUAAAGAAGAGUUAGUUGCAAUUUUAGAAGCGUUUGGCCAAGCUCUUCUCCAGCCCGAUGUUAAUAUAUUUCGUCAAAGUUUACAAAGUCUUGAACAGUUAAAUAUACAAUGGAGACUUUAUCAACGAGCUAUAUUCAAAGCUCACUUGCUUGAGAGAUUUUUAAUGGCAUUAUUUACGGUUCUAUUUCAACAGUCCCAUAAUUUAUUAGCAGAUGAAAUUGCAACUGCUAUACAUAGUUUAGCUUCAGUUAAUAUAGCAUGGUUCUUUGGACAUUUCUUGCCAACAUUUUUAGCAAGUUGUGAAGGUGUGGACGACAUGCAGAAAGCUACUCUAUUAGGAAACUUUGAUAAAUCUACGGUCAUAGAAUCGGUUGCACCAGCAACUGGUAAAGUAAUAGCAAAAGUCCGAACAUCAUCUCCCCAAGAAGUGAAUAAUGCUGUUGCAGAAGCACGCAAAGCCUGGCCUCAAUGGACAUCUUUGUCAAUGCCAGCGAGGGGUGAAAUAGUACGACAAAUAGGAAAUGAACUUCGAGAAAAUUUAAAACCGUUAGGACAAUUAGUAUCUUUAGAAACAGGAAAAAUAUUGUCAGAAGGUAUUGGAGAAAUUCAAGAAUAUAUCGAUAUUUGUGAUUAUGCCGUUGGUUUAUCUCGAAUGUUACCCGGCAAAGUAAUUCCAUCCGAAAGAACAAAUCAUGAACUUUUAGAAAAAUGGAAUCCUCUUGGAGUUGUAGGCGUUAUUUCUGCAUACAAUUUCCCCGCCGCCGUUUAUGGCUGGAACAGUGCAAUAGCAAUGGUUUGUGGAAAUACAAUGGUUUGGAAAGGAGCGCUUACUACUCCUUUAAUAUCUAUUGCAACAACAAAACUGUUAGCAAAUGUGUUAGAACGAAAUGGUAUACCAGGUGCGGUCGCGACUUUGAUAUCAGGUGGAGCAGAUGUUGGUGAAGCUCUCGUUACUAAUACACGUGUACCUCUUGUUUCAUUCACUGGAAGUACUGCUGUUGGAAAAAAAGUGGCUCUUCAGGUCCAAGAAAGAUUUGGAAAAUUCUUAUUAGAGUUAGGAGGAAACAAUGCAACGUUAGUUGCUGAGGAUGCAGAUAUAGAUAUGGCAGUUAAGGCAGUAAUGUUUUCUUCUCUGGGAACAGUUGGACAAAGGUGCACAGCUACCAGAAGAUUAAUUCUUCACAGUAAAAUAAAGGAUGAAUUCGUAGAAAAAUUAAAGGUAGCAUAUCAGAAUGCCUUGCAGAGGAUAGGAGAUCCUUUGGAUGAAAAUACUUUGUAUGGACCAGUGCAUAGUCAACGCACAAUAGACGAAUAUAAGAAAACAAUAGAAAUCGCCGUAAAGAGCGGAGGAAAAGUUGAAUUUGGUGGAAAACAAAUAAAUAGACCUGGUUUCUACGUUGAACCAACGAUUAUUACGGGCCUGUCACCUAAUGCUGAGAUAGUUCAGAAAGAAACCUUUGCACCAAUUGUAUACGUUUUUACAGUCAAUUCUUUAGAAGAGGCUAUUACAGUCAAUAAUGAUGUGCCACAAGGGUUAAGUAGCGCCCUAUUUACUAAAAAUCUAGGAAGUGUAUUCAAGUGGAUUGGUCCUCAUGGCUCUGACUGUGGAUUAGUGAAUGUUAACGUCGGAACUAGCGGUGCUGAAAUAGGUGGUGCAUUUGGAGGAGAAAAGGCCUCAGGCUUGGGUCGCGAAAGUGGAAGUGAUGCAUGGAAAUAUUACAUGCGACGUUCAACUGUAACUAUCAAUUACGGAGAUGAUAUGCCAUUGUCCCAAGGCUUAAAGUUUGAAUAAUUACACUACAAUUGAUUUCAUGAAAAUAU